AUGCUGGCCUCCCUUACCAGAAACAGCACAGCGCUCCGCGGCUACGCCGGCGGCUACGCCGGCGCCCUGCGCCGGCUAGCCACCGCCGCGCACAUCCCAACCACCCAGAAGGGCGUGAUCUUCUACGAGCACGGCGGCCCGCUCACCUACAAGGACCUGCCCGUGCCCAAACCCAAACCCAACGAGCUUCUCAUCAACGUCAAGUACUCCGGUGUCUGUCACACCGACUUGCACGCCUGGAAGGGCGACUGGCCCUUGCCCGUCAAGCUUCCUUUGGUCGGCGGCCACGAAGGCGCCGGAGUCGUUGUCGCCAUGGGCGACAACGUCAAGGGCUGGAGCCUCGGCGAUCUCGCCGGCAUAAAAUGGCUCAACGGCUCGUGCAUGUCCUGCGAGCUGUGCGAAGUCGGCCACGAGCCCAGCUGCGAACACGCGGACCUGUCUGGGUACACGCACGACGGAUCUUUCCAGCAGUAUGCAACUGCAGACGCAGUGCAGGCGGCUCGCAUCCCUGCAGGCACGGACCUCGCCGAGGCCGCGCCGAUCCUGUGCGCCGGCGUUACCGCGUACAAGGCGCUUAAGUCCGCCGCGCUCAUGCCGGGCCAAUGGGUGUGCAUCUCCGGUGCCUGCGGCGGGCUCGGCUCGCUCGCGGUGCAGUACGCGCGCGCCAUGGGGCUACGGGUGAUCGGCAUAGACGGCGGCGAGGGCAAGGAGGAGCUGUUCCACAAGCUGGGCGGCGAGACGUUUAUCGACUUUCGGAGUUGCGGCGACAUUGUGGCAGCCGUACAAGACGCUACGCGCGGUGGUCCGCACGGAGUCGUCAACGUCUCCGUCUCGGAGUCGGCUAUCCAGCUGUCGACGCAGUAUGUACGGGCGACAGGCACGGUGGUGCUGGUUGGCAUGCCUGCGAACGCGUACGUGCGGUCGGAGGUGUUCUCGCAUGUGGUCAAGUCGAUCAACAUCCGCGGGUCGUACGUGGGCAACCGCGCAGACACGCGGGAGGCGCUGGACUUUUUCGGGCGCGGGCUCGUCAAGGCGCCGAUCAAGGUGGUCGGGCUGUCGGAGUUGCCCGAGGUGUACGAGCUGAUGAACGCGGGCGAGAUCCUGGGGCGGUACGUGGUGGACACGGCGCGGUGA